AUGGUGUUUCGCAGAACUGUCACUAAUGUUGGGACAGGGCACUCCAAGUACAAGCCAAAGGUGAGGUCCUCUAAAGUGUUUAAGAUCAUGGUGAACCCAAAAGUACUGAGGUUUAAGGAUGUGGGUGAGACGAUGUCGAUUCUUGUCACUAUGAAGGAAAAGAUGAAGCAGAGUGGGAUUCUCUCUGGUGUUCUUGGUUGGUCUUAUGGGUGUCAUAAUGUCAGGAGUCCAAUUGUUGCUCAUAAACUACAAUAA